UUCUGCCCUCCGAGAACGCGUCGUUCUGAGGGACGUGGAUGAGGAGCGAUCGCAGACGUGCGCUUUUUUUUUUUUUUAUAUGAUGGAUUUUUCCUUCGGAAACUCUCGGUGUUCGUGCGCAAAUGUGCUCCAAGGCAUCAGGAACACCUGCCUAACGCCUGGAAGAGAAGGGAAAGCCUGUCAGCCUCUGGAGUCCUGCUGGAGCCCCCACUCAGCCCACAGAGGACCAAGGCCUGGCCCCAGGAGGGAGCUGGAACCAGAGGGGAUGGCCCCCGGGAGCCACAGGCCCCCGGCCCAGUUGGUGACGUUUAAGGAUGUGAUCGUGGACUUCACCCCAGAGGAGUGGGCCCUUUUGGACCAUUCUCAGAAAGAGCUGUACAAGGAGGUCAUGGUGGAGAAUGCCCGGAACCUGCUCUCCUUGGGACUUCCAGUUCUCAGAGAAGGUUUUCUCUCCUAUUUUGAACAAGGGAAAACACCAUGGAUGCUGGUUCAUGAUGGCCCAAGAAACCUUUCCUGUCCAGCAUGACGAAUAUGGAAAUAUGUUUAGAAGA